AUGCAUUUCAGCCAGGUAGCAUUCCUAGCCCUCCUCUCUUCCACUUCGGUCGUUGCGCAGUCUGGAUUGGACGACUGGCGUGAUGAGUGGCCCCGUCUCAUCGACGACACUGGAAGGGCUGUGUAUAUUCUGCCCGACACUCAAUGUCACGCGGUUAAGGAUUUGAAAACCUUGGAGGGCCAGACUAUUGAGCUUGGAAAUAUUGAGGAACUAUACAAUCGGCAUAGUGUCUUUUGUGAACUUUACACGUCUGAAAAUUGCAACGACGACUCCGUAGUUUAUGAAAACGCGGAGUUGGAAGCUUUCGCUACGGAGUGGAAAAAUGUCCAGAUUAAGGGUGCUUUAUGCAAUGACCAUUGA